AUGAAGAAGUAAAUAACAAGGAUCAGCUUUCUCAUUGGGCUCUUAGGAUGCUCAUACGUACGAGGUGCCACUAUCAAAUCAGGAUAAGGAUUCCUCUAAGACUAAAAGAACCUAGCUUAGACUGGAGCUGGAUGCUGUGUAGCCGAAGUUUUAUAAUUUGGAGGAGCAGACUCAAGCGUUGGUGAACUCAAAUAAGGUUCCAUUUAAUCCAAUAGUGCCGAAGUCGUUGUUGGAGUUGGUUCACUCGAAGAUACAUAUCAUGAUCAUAGAUGUAAUGACUAUCAUGGCAAAAGAUAUUGUGAUAGAACUGAUGAAUGCGAUGCUUCAUAAGGAUGUGGCAUGCGCAAGAAGACUAUAAUCAUUGAGGGAGAUAUUGUCUACAGAGACAGAAUAGCUAGAGUUGAAAAUGGAACAGCUAAUGAGUGGACUGAAGGUUGUGAAGAAGUCUCUACCAACUCCAAGAGUUCAUUCGCUACUCUUGAAGCACCUCAAGCCUGUGUUGAGGCAUCAGUCUGUCCAUCAGAAUGA